AAUGACAGCUUAAAAUCCGAUCCAAUUGAUAUGUUCACAUUCAAUGUGUAUGAAAUGUGGACUCAAUAUUUAAAUAUAAGAAAAUACAAGGUAUAUCAUUUCAAUCUAAACAAUAGUUAAAUCUAAAAUAAGUUUAGAAUUUAAUGUCCAAAAUGUCGUAAAUUGACACAUACUUAUGAUAUUAAGAAUUUAUUAAUUGAAAAUAAUGAAUUAUAUCUAAUUACAGAUUCAAGUGAAAUGGAAAAAGAAAUACUUAAUGAAGUAAGUUUCAUAUUCAAUCUAGAGUCAAUUCUCACUCUAAAAGAAUUAAUAAGAUGCUAUCUUGGGAAGAAGAUAAUCAAAUGCUUAUUAAAUUUAAGAAUUAUCUUAAACAAAUAAUAAGAAUGUCUAAAAAAUAGGUGAAAUGUUUACUGUCUAAGCCACUCAUAAUAAUCCAUAAAAUGCCUUUAAUAAUGCCUAAUUUAAUAAAAAGAAACCAAAUUUAGGAAGUGAAAGAAUAUCUCCAAGUAAAUAAAUAUAGAAACCAACCUAAUCAAAUCAUUAAAAAAAGUAAUCUUAUUAAAUCCCCUAAUAAGAAGUUGCAAUUGAAUGUAUUAAAUUAAAUAUUUUAAAGGCAAGGCUAAAACCUAAGCUAAUACAUCAAAUAUUUAAUAAAAUAAAAUUAAUGAUUUCUUUAAACCUAAUUCCAAUACUCCAGUUGCAACUCCAACAACUAUUGCAUCAUAAUUAUUAUUUCAAUAAACUGAUAAUAAAAAACCUAUUUAAUAAUAAGUCAUUUAAUAAUAAACCAUAUAUUAAUAACAAUAAUAAUAAUAUUAAUAAUAAUUAUAAUAGUAAAGUAAAACAGAUAAGGUAUUUGAAACUAAAUAAUAUUAUCCUGAAGAAAAGAAAUUAUCUACUCCAAAAUAUAAUGAAAUCAUUAAAGAAAAAGAGAAUCAACUUUUAAAAGAAAUUUCAAAAGAUAGUUCUAAUACAUCCAAAGAAAUAUCAGAUAACUCUAGACACAAAAGAAGUUCUACAGGUCUUAUUUAAGAAACUGAAGAAUAAGCCUCUGUUUAGAUUAUAUAAUCAUACUUUAAGAUGGUUUAGAAGAAUGUUAUGAAAUUAGAAAAAGAUGUAAUUGCUGCAGUUAACAAUAAAUAAGUUGAUCCUCAAAGUAUUUAUUAAAAACUCAAAAUGUUAACAACAAGAAUUAGUGAUAAUGAAGGUGAACUCAUUUAAUCCAUUAAAGUUAUGCAGAAAUUACAUUAAGAAAUAAUAGGACUUUCGACUCCAUCCUAACAUAGAAAAACUAGUUCUCAUUAAAAUACAAGUCAUAGAUAUACUAAUACAAGUAAUUAUGUGAAAAAUAUUGAAAAAAGUGAUUAAAGUAUUGGAGCCAUGCCUUAAGAAUUAAAAAUAUAUAAAAAGUUUUUAUGA